AUGAAGGAGACUUCGAAGGCGGAAGAUCUGAUGUUGUUGGAGAUAUUGUUAGAGAAGUGGUCAGAGUUCUCAUUGGUGUUAGUUUUGGAUUCGGAAGGUGAUCCUUUUGGAGAGAUCAGAUCAAUCUCCCUUUUUGUGACGGGUGAAAGAGUUUCUCUGACAGUGACAAUGGUGCUGUGUCUUAGCUCCAUCGUGCAUGCCAUUCAAGGGAAGGCUGUUUUUUAUGGGCCGCCUUAUCUUCCUUCGGCAAGCUAUGGGAACCAAAAGAAUGGAAUAAUGGUGGCUGGAGUAAGUGAUGCGUUGUGGCAAAGGGGAAGAGCAUGCGGCAAGAGGUAUAGAGUUAAAUGCAUAGGAGGAGCGAACCAAGUACUGCAUCCUUGCAAGAAUGGUAAAACUGUGGUGGUUAAAGUUGUCGACUACUGUAAAGCCCGAUGCCAGGGGAUCAUUAACCUUUCUCGAGAUGCUUUCUCCACCAUUGCCGAUCCCAACGCCGGUAUAGUCCUAGUCGAACUUAACGAGGUUUGAGUUUGAU